UCGUCCACAGUUUGACAGCAAACUCUGACGGUGACAUAAUGAUUUUCAAACACAACAUUUGAUAUUUUCAAAGAAACGAAACAGUAUGUCGAGAUUAUCGCAGUAUUAUUAAAUAAUGUAGUGUAAUGUAUUACAUAAACCCCUAUAAGAAAGAAACUUCUUCCACUCCCACUUUCACACGAUGUCUAAUGACUUACACAACUCUGUACUGCUGAGCACAUUUUCUAAUGGCAACAAAAAAAUUCGAGUUAUUUUUCACAAAGGAGCCAUCGUUUGGGGCAACGGGAAGCCACCGUCAGAGCAAGAGACCCUACCUCUGGAAAAUGUCAUCUCGGUGCAACACAACAUAGUCAAGAACUCGCGUCCUUCAGAAGAACAGACAAUAGAUCCAAAUCAUUUCACUAUACACUAUGCCAAACAAGAGGAAGAAAACAAAUGGAGACACCACACGCUUGAACUAAGGCACUCGGACCCUUUGCAGGUUUCAUCAUGGGUGAAAACCCUCCAGAACCACCUACAAUACUUCACCAAAAGACCCAAAAGGCUGUUACUGUUUGUGAAUCCUUUUGGAGGAAAAAAAAAUGCUUUGAAAAUCUACGAAAAAUUCGGAAAACAUCUCUUCCACAUCGCCGGGGUCGAUGUCACUGUCAACAUCUCGCAAAGGAAAAAUCAGAUCCGUGAUUUUGUGUUGAAUCACAAUUUGGAUAUGUUUGAUUCCGUGGCGUGUGUAGGUGGGGAUGGUACGGUUUCAGAGUUGUUCAACGGAUUGGUACUUAGGGAGUGUAGAAUCGUGGGGAUCGACGCAGACGAUAUCGAGCAGGAACUACCCAAGCCAAAAAUUCCCAUUGGGAUAAUACCAGGAGGGAGCACGGAUACAAUAGUCUAUUGUCUGCAUGGAACGAUAGAUCCCACGACCGCCGUUCUGAACAUCAUUUUUGGAGAGCGGCUAGGUCUGGACUUAGUGUCUGUAUAUGACGAAAAUAAUUUACUUAGAUUGUACGCCAGUGUUCUAAGCUAUGGGUAUUUGGGUGAUGUAGCUUAUAAUAGUGAUAAGUACCGGUGGAUGGGUCCUAACAGAUACAAUUAUUCAGGUUUUAAAAAACUGGUGAGAAAUCGAGGGUACGAAGGCGAACUAGCAUUUUUUUCCGAGGGCGAGGAUUGCGAAAUGUCACAGUGCUACGAGACCUGCGAGAGGUGUUUGUCAAGGAGAAAUAAUUUUUGUGAUAAAACUGAAAAGCAAUGGAAGACGGUGAAAGGGAAAUUUUUUAUGAUAAGUGGUGCUAACAUAACGUGCUGUUGCAACAGAAGUCCGAGAGGUAUAGCACCGUAUAGCCACUUGGGUGAUGGAAAUGUACACCUAGUAUUAGUUAGGCAUACUUCAAUUAUAAAUAAUCUGAGACUAUUAUUACGCUUGUCGAGUAAUAAUCAGACUGUUGAUGACUUGCCAUUUGUUGAAACUUAUUCUGCUAGAGAAUUCUGUUUUCGGGCGAUUAACGUUCCUAGCAGAUGGAACUGUGAUGGAGAAGUGCAACAUCAAACAAACAUUCGUGCAAAAGUACGUUGCCAAUUGCUCACAAUUUUUAGUCGUGGAACUCCAAAGCCAACUGAACCUACACGAAAAUGCUGCGGAUGUUAAGCCUUAGCUGCCUUAUGUUUGCCCAAUAUGAUUACCAUUAAUGUAAGUUACUUAGAUCCAGUAUUGCGUAUUGGUUUUGUAAGUUAAUUAAGAAAAGUUAUAAUAAUUGUAAUUGCUCACAAUUAAUAAGUGUGGUAUUUUAACAAGGUGAUAUGAAUUUUUAUAGUUCUGUAAAAUUGUUGUCAUUCCAAUUUGUAUUGUUGAUUUUUUUAAUUUUAUAACAGUAUUUUGGUACAUCAUUAAAAUUGGUAAGGUCGUCUGUACUUUAAAGCAGAGGUUUUCAAUAAGUGAAAUAAAUAACAUUGGGAAACUCUGUUUUGAUCGUCCUUUUUUUGUUAUGGACUGACUCAUUCCAUGUAUGCAGUGUUGAAAAUAAACUUAUUUAUUAUU